AUGGAGUCAACAGCGAAGAUUCUACCCCAGCAAGGGCAGAGGAACAUCCUCAUCACAAGUGCCCUGCCCUAUGUGAACAAUGUCCCGCAUCUUGGUAACAUUGUUGGCUCCGUUUUGAGUGCUGAUGUGUUUUCGAGGUAUAACAAAGCGUGCGGUAGACCAACGCUGUACGUCUGUGGCACAGAUGAGUAUGGCACUGCAACUGAAACCAAGGCUUUGGAAGAAGGCGUCACCCCUGAAGAGCUGUGCUCAAAGUAUAACAAAAUCCACCAGGAAGUCUACUCGUGGUUUAAUAUAGGAUUCGACAUAUUUGGCCGCACGCCAACGACAGCCCAUACUGAGAUAUCCCAAAGCAUCUUCAAAAGGCUCUAUGAACAUGGAUAUCUGGAAGAGAAAACCACGGAACAGCCCUUCUGUGAAAAGCAUGACUCAUUUCUUGCUGACCGGUUUGUUGAAGGCGAAUGCCCUCGCUGUCAUUAUGAUGACGCUCGAGGAGAUCAAUGCGACAAGUGCCAGCACCUUCUUGACCCCUUCGAUCUAAUAAACCCACGCUGCAAAGUUGACGGCGCUACCCCGGUUCGUCGACAAACGAAACAUAUCUUUCUCCUGCUAGAUAAACUCCAGCCUGAAAUUGAGAAAUGGUCAGCUACGGCGAUUGAAAAGGGAGACUGGCCAAAGAAUAGCCGAGUUAUUACGGGAUCGUGGCUAAAAGAAGGCCUUCAACCUCGCGGUAUCACCCGAGAUUUGAAAUGGGGUGUCCCUGUUCCCCUAGACGGGUUUGAGAAGAAGGUUUUGUACGUUUGGUUUGAGGCUUGUAUUGGAUACCCCUCCAUCACUGCCAACUAUACCCCUGAAUGGGAAAAAUGGUGGAGGAACCCUGAAGAUGUCCAAUUAUACCAGUUCCUUGGCAAGGAUAACGUACCAUUCCAUGCUGUUAUAUUCCCUGGGUGUCAGCUGGGUACCAAGGACAAGUGGACGAUGCUACACCAUCUCAGCACAACCGAGUACCUCAACUAUGAAGGCGGUAAAUUCAGUAAAUCUCGUGGGAUCGGAGUUUUUGGGAACAACGCAAAGGAAACAGGAGUCUCCUCUGAUGUAUGGAGAUACUACCUGCUGAAGAAUCGCCCGGAAACCGGAGAUACACAGUUUGAAUGGAAGUCGUUUAUUGAUAGCAACAACGGAGAGCUGCUUGCGAAGCUUGGUAACCUUGUUAAUCGAGUUGUUAAGCUGGUUGCUAGCCCAAAGGCGUAUAACUCAGUUAUCCCAGACUUCACUGUCACUGAGCCAUUCUACCCAGCCCUUGAGGAGGUAACUGGCCUUCUCCGCCAAUACAUCAACGAAAUGGAAGGAGUCCACUUGCGUGCUGGCAUCCUCACGGCCAUGAAGAUUGCAGAGGCUGGAAAUGGCCUGAUUCAGGCUAACAAGCUUGAUAAUUCGCUUAUUGCGAACGAACCCGAACGUGCUGCGGCAGUGGUUGGUAUUGUGGUGAAUUUGAUCCAUUUGUGCUCAAGUGUAUUCUGUCCAUAUCUCCCCGCAACGUCCGCUUCCAUCCUUGAGCAAUUGGACGCGCCAGCCGGUCUAAUACCAAGCCUCGAUGAUAUCAAAGAUGGGUGGAAGCCUACAGUCAUCAAGCCUGGCCACCGUGUUGGCAAGGCAAAGUACCUUUUCAGCAACAUUGAUGUCAAGAAGGCUGACGAGUGGAGGGAAAAGUUUGGCGGAUCCCAGGCUGAGCGACAGAAAAAAGAGGAAGAGAAGGCAAAGCAAGCGGCGAAGAAGGCAGCAAAGACUAAGAAGAAGCAGCAAAAGUCCAAAGCUAGUGAAGGUACUAGCGGUGACGGUCCUGUAGAGGCGUCGGCUAAGGGAAGAGCGGAAGCUGUGGCGCCCAGUGGUGGUGACAAGGCCGUGGAGGCGGUUGCUGAUGGUGUUGCUCAAGUGACACUACCAACCUCUUAA